GUCUCCCAUGUGUCAUGCCCCCAAGUUUAAUCCUCAAUUGAAGCAAAAGGAAAAAUGGGAAAAAAUGCAAAAGUAAAAAUGAAACCUUGGUUAACUGUUGAGAGCCCGUUCUAUUUCCUCUUCUUCACCGCAGCUGCUUCAGGAGCGUUCCAGGAAGUCUAUGGAAUGGGAGGUGACCCUGUGACGCUGCCAUGUUCUUAUCCUGAAUCUCGUAUACUCUCAUUCGUGUGCUGGGGCCGAGGCGAAUGCGCUUCUGAUACAUGUGGACAAACACUGGUCUGGACUGAUGGACGCCGAGUCAACUAUCGGACAAGCAACCGCUACCAGAUAAACUCGCAGCUUCUUCAAGGAAAUGCAUCCUUGACAAUCGAGGACGCCUAUGAGAGCGACAGCGGUCUCUACUGCUGUCGAGUGGAAAUGAAGGGAUGGGAUGGCGUGCAGACACUGACCACCUCACUGCAGGUUCAACCAGGAAGCAGUUCAGCCAGGACUAAAGGCCUUGCUAUUGGACUCUCCAUUUUCUUUCUGCUUCUGGUUCUUGUGAGCACAUUAGUUAUCACAAAUUACAUCCUUAUGAAAAAGAGGCCGGGAUCUCCAAGCUUGGUAGCAUUAUGUGUUUCUAAGAUCAGAACUUUACUAAAUAAAGAGGUUGCAUCACCAUGAGCACAAGACGACGUCUACAAUGUUGAAGACAGUCCUCAUAUCAAAGCUUGAGUUUUAGGAGAAGACCUCUACGGCAUAUCACCAGGCUGGACGCCCCUGAAGUGCCAAGACUAUUUCCUGUCAGUUCAUCUUGAAUUCCCACUUUGCAGCUGCAGUGAGUGGAUGGACCUCUAGCUGUCUCUUCUCACACUCACUGUUGAUAUGAUGCUGUCUCUCCACACUACAGAUCCUUCUUUCAAACACCAACACGUUAACAUUUUGGGUGUCCUUUAGGCUCCAAAUCUCCUUUAUCUGUGAAAGACAAUUAUUGGUAACUUCUAUCCUGGUUACUAAAACCAUCCAGCAAAGAGGAAUAGGACUUUAAAGGAAAACUAAAAUAAAACAAAUGUCGGGAGGGUGGGGUUUAAUUUGGAAGUACUUCGUGGUUGUGUCUUGUUUAUUAAAUUGGUGGAUGCCAUGCAGAAAGAGCUGCAGUGGGCAAGUGAGCUCCCUAGAGAUGGCUCCCUGUCCUGCUCAGCUCUAAUGGGAGCACUCUGGUGAGGCAUGGCCACAAAGACUUCGUCCCAGGAUUGCUUCCUGCUACUGAUGUGCUUUCUCAGAUUUGUCAUUGCCAUACUCCUCACUUAUGUGGCUUGGUGUGAGUGGAGACCAAGAGAUCUUCACUGUCUAUAGCCUGGUGUAGUUACUGCCUGAGUGAUAGCUCACCCUAUUGGGCAUAUUUCCUGCAGAUCAACAUGAAAAUGAACUUUCAUGAUUUAAUGCUGUUUAGAUGAAUUAAUGACUGUACAGAAUUCCUUGAUUCAAAUCAUUUUAGGAAGAAAAUUUAAGGAGAUAAUUUUAGCUGCUUUGCCAGGAAGAUGUAAUAAAGUUAGAAUCAAGAAUAGCAUGUGCCCCCUUCUCAUAGAAUAGUAAGUAAAUAUAUAUAUAAGGAAUACAAUGAGCUUUUAUAAAUUGCAAUAAGAAGAGAAAUAGGCUUGGAACAAAUUUGUGAUCAAGGAAAAACACUCAUUCUAGGUCAGAUCCAAGGAUGAGGCCCCAGGUGUGCACCAUGAUAAUGUGAGGCCAUGGGAAACUGUUGCUUUGAACUUACACUCAGCUUAUAGAAUGAAACACUGCUUUGAAUUUACUAUGGGCAUCCUUCUGUAAUUCCCUUUUUCUGUAACAUUUUAUCUGUGAGGUAAUUUUAUAAAGAACUUUUGUCUAAGAAGGUAUAAAGAGGCUGAGAGAAAAAAUAAAGUGUGGUUAUUGGGGCUCUGCUCCAUCCGCCAAAUGUGUA